AUGUCACUACCAUCAGAUUAUUAUGCCGUCCUCGGUGUAGCCUCUACAGCAACCCAGCAACAAAUCCGCGACGCCUACAAGAAAGCAGCUCUAAAAACGCACCCCGACCGCGUCCCCUCCGACUCCCCCGAACGCGCCGAACGAACCCGCAAAUUUCAACGAAUAAACGACGCAUACUACACGCUCUCUGACGCCUCGCGCCGUCGCGACUACGACGCCGCACGCAGCUACCAUGGAUUUGGAAAUGGAUUCCCCACGGGCUCCACAUCUAUGAACGACGAUGAAGAAAUCCCGGAUCCAACUGCUGGAGGCGGAGCAUUCCCCUGGUCCAAUUUUGGAUUUUCGUCCAAGGCGAAGAAUGCAGAGGAGGAAAAGAAGUUUGAGGAGGCGCAGUUUGGAGAUGUGUUUGAGGAGAUGUUGAGGGAGGAGGGGAUGGCGGGGAAUAAUAAUUCGCCGACGGGCAAGUUUUGGAGUAUGGUGGGGGGGAUGAGUGGAGGGGCCAUGGGGUUUAUUGUUGCGAAUUUUCCGGGGAUGUUGGCCGGCGCUGUGGCGGGGAAUAGGUUGGGGGCUGUGAGGGAUGCGAGGGGGAAGAGUGUUUAUUCUGUUUUUCAGGAACUUCCUCAAGGUGAUAAAGCAAGGUUAUUAAGUCAACUUGCCGCCAAGGUCUUUAGUCAUGCUGUGGGGGGUUCAUAA